UUCAAUUCCAAGAAAAACUCAAAAAAAGGAAAUAAGAAAAAAAAAUGACUCAGCUAAAUUGGCCUAAGGCUAAGAGAGCCACGUGAAGAAGGGCACCUAAUUGCCAGAGCUCGGUUCUUCAAUCUUCAGUCUUCUCCUUUCAUACGAAUUUGGGGCCAAUGAACCAGACCCCCACGCCUGAAUGCACCAAAUGCGGUAAUUCAUAUCUUCACAGCUCUGCUUUUCCCAUCUUGGCACUUCAAAUCUGGAUAUUUGAACUGGAUAAGGCUAUGUUUUAUUUCGCGACUUAAAUUCUUUGUUCUCGAGAUGCAUUUAGCUGCUCUGAACUGGUAUUCCAAAAAAGUUAAUGAAUUUAUGUUUUUGUAGAUCAAUUGCUUAAUUAGCACCCUUCUAAGGCCCACACGAUUGGCAAGAAAUAUAAAAUCUACUUUAGAAAAAAUGGUUCUUUGGGUGCUUAUGCUUGGAGAUGUAUCUGUAUUCUGUUGCCGUAAGACUUUUACUGCAAGAAAGUUUCUUUUAAUUUUUGGGAUAUUUUGAGACGGAAACAGUAAAAAAAACCUAAGUGGACUGAAGGCUUAUUAAGUGCUUACGGGAAGUCUAUCAAUUUGAGCUUUAGAAGAGCUGCUUUGGUUGAAGAUUUGGGAAGUUUUGCUCAAAGGGGAUUUUUAGCUGAAUUCAAUGCUUAAUGCUUAUUCAAAGAAAGAAAGACAGAAAGUUUAUUAAUUAAUUAGGUUUGAAGUGAUUUCUCGUUUUGAUGGCUUCAAUUAGAAGGACAUUGUCCCCAGUGCCUAGGGCGGGGAGUCCUAUGAACGGGGAAGCAUGCCAACUUUCAUCCUCUCCGUUGUCCAAGUCAUCCUUGAGUAAUCAGAACCAUUUACCCCCAACUUUUAUGUUUCCAUCAUCCAUUGCUUCAUUGGAUUAUGCAUUGUUCAGAGCACAAAAUUUUAUACAUGGUUUUAUCUCCCAUAGAAAACCCUUAGAGAGGUCAAAGUUAAGGGGGAAAAUUUGGAAGAGAUCCCUCCUCCAUUACUUCUCAUGCUUUGUUCUCGGGGUCUUUCUAGGCUUCACUCCUUUUCUUUCCCCGAUUUUGUCCCUCCAAAAGGACGAAAAGGUCAACAAUCUAUCAUUGAGAGCUGAGAAUGUGGUGAUCGUGGACAAUUUGACGGCAUCGGAUUCACAUCCCAAGAAUAGUGUGGCGGUAUAUGGGAAUGAUGCAAAUGUUCAUUUCAACCAAACAAUGGAUUUCCACAAACUCUUAAUAGUUGUGACUCCAACGGAGCCUCGUCCCUUUCAAGCAUACUACUUGAAUCAUAUAGCACAUACGUUAAAACGGGUCCCACCUCCUCUGCUAUGGAUACUUGUGGAGAUGAACUCCCAAUCUCUGGAAGCAGCUGAUUUGUUGAGGACAACGGGAAUCAUGUACAGGCAUUUGGUUUGCAAUAACAAUAAGAAUGUGACAGAAAUAAAAAGAGACAAACUUGUACACAUGAGGAAUGCUGCUCUGUCGCACAUUGAAGCGCACCGCCUUGAUGGGAUUGUUUACUUUGCUGAUGAUGAUAAGACCUAUUCUCUUCAACUCUUUCAGGAAAUACGAGAUAUCAGGCGGGUUGGAGUAUGGCCGGUGCCAAGAAUGGCUGAGAAUAAAAGGCAUGUUAUCUGGGAAGGUCCUAUCUGCCAAGGUAAAAAGGUAUUAGGGUGGCACACUGAUGAUAGGAGGAAACGUAUCCGGAGAUUCCAAGCACAAGUGUCGGGAUUUGCUUUCAAUAGCACAAUUCUCUGGGAUCCUAAGCUGUGGCACAGACCUACGCUUCAACCCAUCAGGCUCAUUCAUAGUGUUAAAGAUGGCUUUCAGGCGACUACAUUCAUUGAACAAUUAGUGGAGGAUGAAAGCCAAAUGGAAGGUGUUCCGCUGAACUGCUCAAGGGUCAUGCUAUGGCAAUUUGACAUAGAAAUGUCAUAUGCUAAUUAACGAGAAAUCAUUCAACCACUACCCUUGUAUGGCAUGGCAAUAAUAAGAAUGAACGUAAUGUCGUUUCUUGAUAGAUGACAGCUGAUUGCUGUGCUCCCUCUGCUUCUACUAAGUAAGUUUGUAUCCACACGUUCGCAGCAGCAGCACGUCCAAUACAUGAUGAUAUUCAAGCCAAGUCAUUUCAUUUGCCUAAACUUUAUUACAAGCCCUUUUUUUUUGCUUUCCUAGGUCAGAAAUUUGAUGUUUUGUAAUCUUUCUGGUCCUAGGGUAGAUUUUUUUUAUGUUUUAUGAUCUGUUUAGGGUGUGCCAUUCACUUUGUUCUGCGGAAUUCAUUCGUAUUAUUUAAUUUAGUAGGUAUCCAAAAAUAUUCCUGAAAUGUAAUUAGUGGAUAAAAAUGUGAGAAAAGAUACUAUUAAUAUAUUGUCAUGGUCAUUGGAAUGUAGGAUGAAAUAUCACGCUAAGAUUAUACACUAAAAUCGACAUCAUAAUUAUAUGUGAUAGUCAUAUAUCAUACUUA